GUGAGUCGCACAGAGCGUAGCGGCAGAUACGGCGGCAACAAUCAGGGCCGUGGUGAGAGGCGGGAGCGAGGGGACCAGGAACGAGAGCACGUCAUGCGCCGCUGGGGAGAAGAGAGACGCAGCGAACGCUAUGACGGAGGGGAACAACGGGGGAACAGAGCCAGUCCAGAGGUAUGUGUCCCGAGUCAGACGCCCAGUGACAUGACUUGGCAAGGGAGUGCAGCCAAAACUCAUCUUCUUGACCACUUGGAGAGUACACUGAUCCACGCUGUUUUAUCCACGCCAGCAGAGAGAACGGAAGCGACGGAACAGCGAUAGAUCUGAAGAUGGCUACCACUCUGACGGAGAGUUCCCGGAGCAGGACUACAGGGGGGAACCAGGGGAGGAGAAGGAGAGUAAGACUAUCAUGCUCCGGGGCCUGUCUCUUCACGUCACAGAAGGAGACGUAAGUUCUUCUUCCUCUGCUUUACACCCACCACCGGUCAGUAAUGUGGUUUGUUUGGCUGCCAUUUGCUCUGCAAAGAAGAGUAGGCUAUCUAGUGAAACGAAAGGCGACGUUAGUAACUGUAUCAUGUCAAGUGAAAUGUGUUUCCAGAACUGAAGGCUACGGAUUUAAUGUUCUCUCUUGUGCCUUCCAGAUCCGAGCUGCCCUGGACCAGCUGGAGGGACCCCAGCCAAUAGAUGUCCGACUGAUGAAAAAGAGGACAGGUGAGACCCAGGCGUCCCAUGGAGUCCCUCCGUUCCCCCGCCAUCUUUGACCACAGGGCCAAUCUGCUUCAAUUGGCUUCAGUUUUGCCGUAGCAACAUAAAAAUCUGAAUCGUUAUGAAUUAAUGUCAGAAGCAAAGAAACAAUAUUUUACAUUCUGUUAAGAUGUGGAGUAAAAAGGUAAGUAAGAAAGAGCAUCAGCCAGUCAAGCUCUGUUUCAAAUGAAAUAAUUAAAUAAUACAUAUAGGCAUACUGAGGAUGUAUGGUCCAAUGUCAUCCUGCAGGAUUUCUUGCUAUGGCAAAACCCCAAAUGAAGGGCCCACUGUUUGCCAUACUGGGUCCUGAAGCAGUUUGUGACAGAGUUUGAAUGUUGUGCCCAUGGACUCUGACUAACACUCCUCCCGUCUAUAUUUGAAUGCUGUCUCUAGGUAUAAGCAGAGGUUUCGCCUUCGUGGAGUUUUAUCACUUGCAAGAUGCUACCCGAUGGAUGGAGACCAAUCAGGUUGCUUCACAAUCGCCAAGUCUAGCUUUUACCUUGGAGAUCUGGAAAAAAAAGAGAACCAAAUGGCAACCUAAGUGAACUGAAUAAGAACAAAAAAUAAUUUGAAGGAAAUGUGGAAUUUAAGUUGGAAUUUAGUUGGAGAAUACUAUAUUGGAAUCUGAAUAUGGUAUCCAUAAAGACUGCAUGGUUUUAGAGGUUUAUUUAACCUUUCACUGAUAGUUCUUUAAUCUCACUGCCCCCCAUAUAUUUAGGGUGUAAGACUAAGGUUUUAAGACAUUCGAUGUCAAUAAAAUUGAGCCAUGUAGCCUAAUUUAAUGGAAAUUUACUUUAAAACACAGAUUACUAUACCCUGCAAUCUGCCUGGUAAGAUAACUCAGGAAGUCAUUUUUCUGAUAAAAGAUGGUCAAAGGCCAUCGGGGAAAAUAAGGAAUUUUGGCUCCUUCUAGCCUAGUGUCCUUUCCAAAUUUGAGCAUUUAUUUGUCAGUUGAUGUUUUUUUUCUUUUUAGUUGAUUGAUUUAAGCUGUGCUUCUUAGCUAAUUAAUUUGUCUGUUGUGGGACGCUUAUCCCUGGUUCUAGGAAAGCCGAUCAAAGUAUCUCUAUCAUGUUAACAUUAUACACUCUGCUCCGGCUCAGUCUGGACACUCGGGUCCCAAACACCUUAAGAACCCUCUGUACACAAGCUCACAUACACAUCCUUCCGUCUGUCUUUGACACAAACGCCAACAGGGGGUCCCUUUCCCCCUUCCCUCCCUGCCAACACUGCUUGUAUUUUGGGUGCAGCUAGAGUGAGACCUACGCCGGCCAGGAAAGCUUGAAAUGACCAACAUUUUGUCCCCCCUCUUACAGAAACUCCUGGUCAUCCAAGGCAAGAGUGUGGCCAUGCAUUACAGCAACCCCCGGCACAAGUUUGAAGACUGGCUCUGCAACACUGUAAGUUUCUGCUGUGGCUUGAUCCCACCCUGCCCACACUAUAUUCCCCUUCCACUCCUAUCUGAAAUGCUGUAGUGAUAAUGUUAUGCCCUCAAUUGUUACCUUAUAGUCCAGAAUGAGCUCCUGCCAAAUGAGUUUGAGCACAUUGUUAGGUGUAGGAAUGCCUGAUUGCAUUAGUUGCCAGUGUGAGCAUUUGGCUCAGGUAAGCACCUUAUGCUGCCCCACUUUUAGUUUGCUAUUCAUCUGAGGCAGCGGUGUCCUGGACCUAAGUAGCUGUAUUAUCAAUAAAAAUGAUGUGACCGGUUGCUUGCAGUGCGGCCUGUACAAUUUCCGGAGGAGGUUGAAGUGCUUCAGGUGUGGCGCAUCCAAAGCUGGUAAGUAGUUCCUGAAUCAGGAAGCCACUGCUUGCACCCAUAAGGAUGGCCUGGGACAAUGUGCCAUGGGGCUACGCACAGGUGCAGGCGCAGUACAGAGUACAGAUACAGGGCUCUACAGUGCAACCAUUCCACUCGCAUAUGCGCGAAAAUAUUGUACUGCUAAAUUUAUUUGAGUGCGCCUACAUUUUUUAAGUUAGCGCACACGUGCUCCUUGUUAGAAAAGGUCAGCGUAGAGCCCUGCCAAAUCAUAUUCCUUAGUAUUGUGAACAAACCAGAUUUAGCUGAAAACGUACUUGAGAAUUGACAGGUGGAAUAGCGAGGAUGUCAAAUCCCUGUGGAGCAGAAACAUUUUCUAAAUCAUGUCCUAGGUCAUGGGUACUGAGGGUGAGGCGAUGCUAACGCCCUGCUCUCAUUCUGUCUGCUUUUCCCAACAGAGUGUGAGACCAACAACACCACUGGAGUCAGAGAGACCCAGCAGAGCGGAGACUACUACGGCGACAGUGAGUACCUCUCCAUUAUGAAACUACGUCCUGUCAGAUGACCUGAGGGGUUUGAGAGCCAAUGGGAUCAUUUAUACUGAAUGUGUGUAUGUCCUCUACAGCGAUCAUCCUUAGGAACAUAGCCCCCCUUACCACGGUGGAGGCCAUCAUGACGGCCCUGGCCCCCUACGCCAACUUGUCAGCCAGCAACAUCCGUCUCAUCAAGGACAAACAGACGGGCCAGAACAGAGGCUUCACCUUCGUACAGCUUUCCUCCCCUCUGGUACGCCAGCCUUUCAGCAGAGCUCCCAACCUAUCUUUGGUUUGAGUUUCUUUACAGAGCAACCUCUGUAACUUCAGUGAUAUUCCUUUUGAUUGUUAAUGGCGAUAUCGCUCAACUGGUGCUUCUCAGCUUUGGCUUGAUUUAGUGGAAUCUGUAUAAACUUUUCUCUGUAAGUAAAAUGAGUAUGUUUAGUCUAAGUGCUUUGUUGUUUCUGCAUCACAGGAGGCUUCUCAGCUCCUAACCAUCUUACAAGGACUGCAGCCCCCUCUCAAGCUGGAUGGGAAGACCAUCGGUGUGGACUAUGCCAAGAGUGCCAGGAAGUGAGUGUCCCGUCACAGCGACGUCUGUGGUUAGGGUUAUAAUGUUCUCAGCAUAAUUUCAGUGAAUGAUGUCCGCAGAGGGCAUAGUGAUGGAGAUGUCUCCCUAAUCUCUACUCUCCUUGGCCUCUUCAGGGAUCUCUUGCUCCCAGACUGUAACCGGAUCAGUGCCUUCUCUGUGGCCAGCACAGCCAUCGCUGCUGCCCAGUGGUCCUCCAGCCAGGUAACGCGCGCACACCCACAUCUCUCCUCACAUUCACCUGUGACGUUUUGUUUUCCCAAUGCACAUACUAACAGUCAGUGUAUUCCUUCCUAGCCACAGCAGGGUGCUGAAGGACAGCUGUCAGAGUACAGCUACCUAGAGGAGAGCUACGUUCCCUAUACACAGGUACGGUGGUGGUUACCUGGGAUGUAUUGCAGACGCUGCUGCUUCAAUGUGUGGCUGACUGUGUGCCUUGCUGUGUUGAUAGGACUACCAGGCCUACUACCAGCAGUCAGCAGGAGACCUUUCCCAGGGGAACGGAAUACUGGGAGGUGAGGCGACAUUUGCAUUGCAUUCAGUGUCCAUGCCUUUAAUAGCCUUCUGAUUUGUGGAGCACACACUGUGGUGUUUCUGUCUAAAAGACAUGUUUUGUAAGAGCAUGUAAUAAAGCCUGGGUGUGUUUGGUUCACAGCGGCCCCAGGUGUCCCAGCUGCUACAGGAGUGGUGAUUUCACAGGGUGCACAGGUCUACCAACCCAACCUCAUCAGUCACACUUCCACACAAGUGAGUCCUAUGUCUUUAACCUAUGGGGCUGGUAAUACACACACAGCCUUCUUUACUGCACCACGUACAAUAUGCUUGCCGUAAAGAUUCUCACAAUGACCAAUUCUGUCUUUACAGGCACUGCAAUUGGCCCAGCAACUGGACGCAAAACAGACUGGAAUUCACUCGGCAGCUGCGACCAUUACAGCGCCGGUUUCCACAGCGACACUCUCUGGACUGGCCACAGACACCGGUAAGACCCUCCCUCACCUGACUGACUGGCACUGCAAGUUCCAGUGCAGAAUGAAAAAUAAUAACUUAGUGGAAUGCUUUCAGAUGUAAAAUGAUCUACUCUAUUCAAGGCAGGUUUUUGAUUACAAACAAUCUUCAAUACUCUUGUCUUCAUCCCCAGCUGUCCCCGACACCUCCACCUACCAGUAUGACGAAUCCUCUGGCUACUACUUCGACCCUGAAACUGGCCUCUACUACGACCCAAAUACCCAUGUAAUUACCCACACACCGGUCAAUGUUUUCAUGAGUUGACUGAAGAAGGGGUAUGUGGGUGUAUGUGUUUUGACAGUUAUCUUCUCCUCCAGUACUACUAUAACUCCCAGACACAGCAGUACCUGUACUGGGACAGUGAGAAGCAGACGUACGUCCCUGCCUCAGCCGCCGACCAAACUGAGCAGACUGCAAAUGCAGCAGCAGCAGCUAGUAAAGAGGCUAAGGAAUCCAAGGAGAGGAAACAAGACAAGCCCAAGAGCAAGACUGCUCAGCAGGUACGCAGAGGAGACCAGGAUCACUUCAGAUGUCAAGGCAGUAUAGCUGUAUAUUAGAAAACGGGGGCAUUGCCAUCUCUACAUUCUGUUGGUAUCAGGACAAUGUCAUGAAACCCUUGUGGUUGUCAAGGGGUGUUGUAUUAAAGUGUGUGUGGAGUUUGACUGAGUUGUCAUGCUCUUUCUAGAUUGCUAAGGACAUGGAGCGCUGGGCGAAGAGUCUGAACAAACAGAAGGAGAACUUCAAAAGCAGCUUCCAGCCCGUCAGCCAGGAGGAGAGGAAAGAGGCAGCGGCCGCCGACGCAGGCUUCACACUCUUCGAGAAGAAGGUAGCCAUUUUAGGUCUAUCCAUGAUUGCUUGAAUCCUUUAGAGCAGGGUUCCCCAAACUCUGUCCUCGGGACCCCAAGGGCUGCACGUUUUUGGUUUUGCCCUAGCACUACACAGCUGAUUCACAUAAUCAACUAAUCAUCAAGCUGUGUAGUGUUAGGGCAGAAACCAAAACAUGCACCCCUUGGGGUCCCAAGGACCGAGUUUGGGAAACGCUGCUUUAGAAAAAUCAUCCAGUGAAACUUUUUUGAGUUAAUUGCGGCAGAUUGAAGAGGUGACUUGAUGGCAGUUAAUAGUGUUGUCGUGACUUUGCAGCAGGCUGGAAGCUUGGAAAUGCUCAUGUCAGAAGCAGUGCAGCGCCCUGAGGAGCCGGCCCCCAACCAACUCAGCCAAGGUAAGAUAUUGAUACUAGACUCAAAUGUAUGAUCUGUAAUUUUAGAGUUUAUCUUCCAGUCUUGUAUGGUAACUAUCUGGUUGUGUCCUUCCCCAGGUUGGUCUGGUGGCAGCCUACAGUGGGGACAGUGACCCAGAGGAGGGGGGUGCAGCAGAGCCGGAGCGCAGUGGUGAGCAGGGCCAGGAUCAGCUGACAGACUGGAAGAAGAUGGCCUGCCUGCUGUGUAGGAGACAGUUCCCCAAUAAGGACGGCCUGGUGCGCCACCAGCAGCUCUCUGACCUUCACAAGGUACUGAUCACUGACGCCCAGGAAGAACUCCACUUUAGUCCACUCAUUAAAGUCUUAUGAAAAUGAACAUCUAUUAUGGGAAAGAGAGAGCUUUAUGUAUGAAUUAAGUGUGAAAGGGUCUUAAUCUUUAUUUCUUAUCCCAGCAAAAUCUGGAGGUCCACCGCAGAUCUAAGCUGAGUGAGGCUGAACUGGAAGAGCUGGAGAGGAAAGAGACAGAGGUGAGCCUUAGACAUGAAGACGGUUGGUCUAACGUUACUGGUUGAGUUUUGGUUAAGAGAAACCCUGUUAUCAGGUUUGUUUCUACAUUCAUUUUCUAUUUCCCUCCCUGUGAACAGAUGAAGUACAGAGACCGAGCUGCAGAGAGGAGAGAGAAAUACGGCAUCCCUGAACCCCCAGCACCCAAAAAGAAGAAAUUCACAGCACAGCCAGCACCAGUCGUGUAAGCUGCUACUGUGCUAUAAUCAUGCUUAUUCUUCUUAGUUGACUCUAUACUGUGAUGUUCUGUGAAGUGAAUGAAAUGAGAUUGGGUAACAAUGAUUGUGUUGUCAUUUCCCCCUUCUCCUCUGCAGUAACUAUGAACAACCCACCAAAGACGGUCUGAACAGUGACAACAUUGGGAACAAGAUGUUGCAGGCCAUGGGAUGGCAAGAGGGCAGAGGUCUGGGCCGCAACCAGCAGGGUAUCACUGCACCUAUUGAGGUGAAUCUCGUCCAGUUAAAACCAGUAAUAGUGCUGCUUCAACCCAAAAGCAAAACCUGUGAAGGUAUCUUUCAUAUACAACAAGUCUGUUAAAUGUGCUCUUUAAGUGCAGAGCCACAUUGUAGUGGUAACACUCUCCUUCACAUAUGGAACUUUCCACCGGAGACCAGGGUUCAAUCUUUGGGUACAGUGGUCCCACUUUCUCCCCACCUAAUUAUAUAUAUAUAUUUAUAUAUUUUUAAAUACGCCAGUGUUGAGUGGCUUUACUGAUCUCAGACCUGCUGUUAUCUCCCUACAGGCCCAGCUGAGGGCGAAGGGAGCUGGUCUGGGAACCAAAGGCAGCAGCUACGGCCUGUCUGCCUCAGACACAUACAAAGACGCUGUCCGCAAAGCCAUGUUUGCCCGCUUCACUGAAAUGGAGUGAUUUUCCCAAUCUACCUGCCUCCUAAGAACAGCCAUAUCCUACUGACCUGGUGCUAUGUUCCCUGGGUUUCUGUGUGUGGCCAUCACCAUCCUUGGGCAUCUUAACAUCCCUCUCUACAUUCAUCCAUAAACAGACUCCUUGAGAUAAAGGGAUUGUAAUGGCAACAUGGGAAAGUUGCAGAGAUGACAUGCUUUAUUAGGGGAUUAGAGGGAGGGCCUUCCUUUGCUAAAAGAUGUGCAUAUCUUUGGAUGAAUUUCUGUUGAGUGCAGUCACAUUGUGUCAUCAGUCUGCUAGGGAAUAGGAAAAUAGAGAAAGAACUGGUCUAUUGGAGAAAUGAAGCUAUGAAUUAUGAUUUGUAUAUAUUUUAUUGUGUAAGAAUUUAAAGAUAGGUAUG